AGAACCGUGGCCGGAAAACUGCGACUGCAUCCGGCCUCCGGCCCUGGGAAGGCGACUUGGGCUGUCGGAACCGAGCCGCCCACUCCCAGGCCGCUGUUUGCGGAGGACUGGGCUUCGGCCCAGGGCUCCAGGCCUCCGAGAGGCCCAGCCGCCGGCGCGGCUGCUUGCGACGCUCGGGGCUGCGAAGAGAGAGCGUGGGUCACCAUGACGACGCCGGCCGGGCUGGAGCGCUGGGUGCAGGACGAGCUGCACUCGGUGCUGGGCCUGAGCGAGCGCCAUGUGGCCCAGUUCCUGAUCGGCACGGCGCAGCGCUGCGCCUCGGCGGAGGAGUUCGUGCAGCGCCUGCGAGACACCGACACCCUGGACCUCAGCGGGCCUGCGCGGGACUUCGCCUUGAGACUCUGGAACAAGGUACCACGGAAGGCAGUGGUAGAAAAGCCAGCUCGGGCAGCUGAGCGAGAGGCCCGAGCCCUGCUGGAGAAGAACCGCUCUUACAAGUUGUUGGAAGACAGUGAAGAGAGCACUGAGGAAACUGUGGGCAAGUCUGGGAGCAGUCUCCAGAAGAAACGCAAAAAACGGAAACACCUAAGAAAGAAACAUCAGGAAGAGGAAGAGGAAGAAGAGGAGGAAGAGGUAUCUGAGAAAAAGAAAAAGACUGGGGUGAGUGCACAGCAGACAGAAAAGCAAGAGUCAGAGGAUGAGUGGGAGCGGACGGAGCGAGAACGCCUGCAGGACCUGGAGGAGCGAGAUGCCUUCGCAGAGCGCGUUCGGCAGCGGGACAAGGACAGAACUCGCAAUGUCCUGGAGCGGUCAGACAAGAAGGCUUAUGAAGAGGCCCAGAAGCGCCUCAAGAUGGCUGAGGAGGACCGGAAGGCAAUGGUCCCCGAGCUGCGGAAGAAAUCCCGCAGAGAGUACCUGGCUAAGCGGGAGCGGGAGAAGCUGGAGGAUCUGGAGGCCGAGCUGGCUGACGAGGAGUUCCUCUUUGGUGACGUGGAGCUGAGUCGCCAGGAGCGGCGGGAGCUCAAAUACAAACGGCGGGUGCGGGACCUGGCCCGGGAGUACCGGGCGGCCGGGGAGCAGGAGAAGCUGGAGGCCACCAAUCGCUACCACAUGCCAGAGGAGACCCGGGGACAGCCAGCACGAGCUGUGGACCUAGUAGAGGAGGAGUCGGGCGCCCCUGGAGAGGAGCAGCGGCGCUGGGAGGAGGCCCGGCUGGGGGCCGCCUCCCUCAAGUUUGGGGCCCGGGAUGCUGCCUCCCAGGAGCCCAAGUAUCAGCUGGUGCUGGAGGAAGAGGAGACCAUUGAGUUUGUGCGGGCCACGCAGCUCCAGGGCGAUGAGGAGCCGUCGGCCCCACCCGCUGCGACCCAGGCCCAGCAGAAGGAGUCCAUCCAGGCCGUCCGCCGCAGCCUCCCCGUGUUCCCGUUCCGGGAGGAGCUCCUGGCCGCUAUUGCUAAUCAUCAGGUCCUCAUCAUCGAAGGCGAGACGGGCUCGGGGAAGACCACGCAGAUCCCACAGUAUCUCUUUGAGGAGGGUUACACGAAGAAGGGUAUGAAGAUCGCCUGCACCCAGCCUCGGAGAGUGGCGGCCAUGAGCGUGGCUGCCCGAGUGGCCCGGGAGAUGGGUGUGAAGCUCGGGAAUGAGGUCGGCUACAGCAUCCGCUUUGAGGACUGCACGUCAGAGCGAACUGUGCUCCGCUACAUGACCGAUGGGAUGCUGCUCCGGGAGUUCCUCUCGGAGCCUGACCUUGCCAGUUACAGUGUGGUGAUGGUGGACGAGGCUCACGAGCGGACCCUGCACACGGACAUUCUCUUCGGGUUGAUCAAGGAUGUGGCUCGAUUCCGACCGGAGCUCAAGGUCCUGGUGGCUUCAGCCACCCUGGACACUGCCCGUUUUUCCACCUUCUUUGAUGAUGCCCCCGUCUUCCGAAUCCCUGGGCGCAGGUUUCCAGUUGACAUCUUCUAUACCAAGGCUCCGGAGGCCGACUACCUGGAGGCCUGCGUCGUGUCUGUGCUGCAGAUCCACGUGACCCAGCCUGCUGGGGAUAUCCUGGUGUUCCUCACAGGACAGGAGGAGAUUGAAGCUGCCUGUGAGAUGCUGCAGGACCGCUGCCGCCGCCUGGGCUCCAAAAUCCCAGAGCUCCUGGUGCUGCCCAUAUAUGCCAACCUGCCUUCAGAUAUGCAGGCUCGCAUCUUCCAGCCGACGCCGCCUGGGGCUCGCAAGGUGGUUGUGGCAACGAACAUCGCAGAGACGUCACUCACCAUCGAGGGCAUCAUCUACGUGCUGGACCCGGGCUUCUGUAAGCAGAAGAGCUACAACCCCCGCACAGGCAUGGAGUCACUCACGGUCACACCCUGCAGCAAGGCCUCAGCCAAUCAGCGAGCUGGUCGGGCAGGCAGGGUGGCUGCUGGGAAAUGCUUCCGGCUGUAUACGGCCUGGGCGUAUCAGCACGAGCUGGAAGAAACCACGGUGCCCGAGAUCCAGAGGACCAGCUUGGGCAACGUAGUGCUGCUUCUCAAGAGCCUAGGAAUCCAUGACCUCAUGCACUUUGAUUUCCUGGACCCACCACCGUAUGAGACCCUGUUGCUGGCUUUGGAGCAGCUGUACGCGCUGGGAGCCCUCAACCACCUUGGGGAACUCACCACGUCUGGUCGAAAGAUGGCAGAGCUGCCGGUGGACCCCAUGCUGUCUAAAAUGAUCCUGGCCUCUGAGAAGUACAGCUGUUCAGAGGAGAUCCUGACAGUGGCUGCCAUGCUCUCUGUCAACAACUCUAUCUUCUACCGACCCAAGGACAAGGUCGUCCAUGCUGACAAUGCCCGUGUCAACUUCUUCCUCCCUGGUGGGGACCACCUGGUUCUGCUAAACGUUUACACACAGUGGGCUGAGAGUGGCUACUCUUCCCAGUGGUGCUAUGAGAACUUUGUCCAGUUCAGAUCCAUGCGCCGGGCCCGGGAUGUGCGAGAGCAGCUGGAGGGGCUUUUGGAGCGUGUGGAAGUUGGUCUCAGUUCCUGCCAGGGGGACUAUAUUCGUGUGCGCAAGGCCAUCACUGCCGGUUACUUUUACCACACAGCACGGCUGACUCGGAGCGGCUACCGCACAGUGAAACAGCAGCAGACCGUCUUCAUUCACCCCAACUCCUCUCUCUUCGAGGAGCAGCCACGCUGGCUGCUUUACCACGAACUUGUCUUGACCACCAAGGAGUUCAUGAGACAGGUUUUGGAGAUUGAGAGCAGCUGGCUUCUGGAGGUGGCUCCCCACUAUUAUAAGGCCAAGGAGCUAGAAGAUCCUCAUGCUAAGAAAAUGCCCAAAAAAAUUGGCAAGACCCGAGAAGAAUUAGGGUAAAGAGAUGGGGGGGGGCAUAAACAGAACCUGACACCAGCUCCUUUUCCUUGUGUAUGUUAUUUAAUAACUAUUAAUAAAAAUAUUUUUAGAAUAAUGCUUGUGAGAACUUUUCAGAUCCAGAGAAAGUGA